UUUGUCUAUUGGCGGGGUAUUUUGUUCGUCACCGAUCGACUCAAGAUUAAACAAUCUGCUCAUUCUCGUAUUGUAAGUUCGUUAAAAGUUUGUGGGUGAGUGAGAAUAAUCAUUAUUCUAUUGCAAAAUCGGUUGUUUGAUACAGAAUAGAAAAUAUCUAGUGACAUUAAAAAUCAAAGAUUUCGAAAUGGGCAACGAACCUUCCAAAAAUAAUCCUUCAGAGCAGAGAUUUGCUGACGUGAGAACGCCACAAGUACAAACCAGGGAUCUAUUUACAGACACAGAAGUGGCACAGUUAUUAGAACGUCAGAGAGAGUAUUUUGAACAAAAACAUCAAAAGGAUACGCGGGCCACCCAGCUUCAAGCUCAAAAUGUGGCUGGAAGCAGCAGCAGUCCAGUGAGUCCUUCAAAUGCUGCGAGUCCAACAUAUCCUAACGUGGCAAUGGCUACAUCUUCAUUCAGUCAUCCACUGUUUAACUCGCCAGCACCACCGGGACACACUUUAUACCCUAAUUUGAAUACUGUUCAGAGUCAGUAUCAAUUUCAAAGCAACGUGGCCCCACCCCCAUCGACCUCCGCAGAAUACGUCUUCGUCAAUAAUAGUGGAAACAUCCAAGAACGAAAUGUGCCUGUCCCGACAGCCCCCCCUGCUCCAAGAGAUCGCUCGAUUUCAAGAGAUCGCCAUAAUUCAAGGCCCCGCUAUCGAAAGGCAGACAAAGAAAAAGGCAGUGUAAACGAAAUGACAUGCCCAACUUGCAAGAAGAUGUUUGGAUUAACUAUAUUCCAGUGUUCGCGGGGCCAUAGCUCCUGUAAUGAGUGCAAGCAAUUCAGACGGGUCUGCGGCAUAUGCCACCAGCCUAUAACUGAUAUGCGGAAUAUUGACGUGGAGGCUGUCAUUUCAGAGAUGAAAGUGAAAUGUCCAUACUCUGAUGAUGGAUGUCAUCUAUUCAUCAAGAGAGCCGACUUGGAGAAGCACUCCAAAGAAUGUUUAUUCCGAGAGAUGCUCUGCCCGCUCAACUCUUCAUUUGGUUGCCAAUGGAAAGGUAAACUUUCUCAAAUAGAGUCGCACUUCGAUAACACUCAUCCAAUAAAUCGAGGAGCUGUCGACACUGAAAUGACCAUAUCGAACUUGAGAAACAAUAGUCAUAACGCUCAUCUGGUAGUGAUCGGAAAUUUCAACUUCAUGUUUCACUUCAUAGUCUCCCAUAGCCGACAGAAUGUCUGCAUGGCUGUGCAGCUCAUUGGAACCAAUAUUAGCGCAUCAAAGUGGACGUAUGAAAUCCACGUCUAUAACAAAGGACAACCUCGCAGGAAGUAUCAGCAUGUAGACGUCUGCCAGCCUGUCAAUAUCAGUGUUCAUGACGUCAUCUCUGAGUCUAAAUGCGCUAUACUUCCCCUAUCCUACGCAUCUACAUUUGCUACAGAUAACAAGUUGACAUACAAAUUCUAUAUAAAGAAGGAAGUUAAUGAGAAGCCUUUCGGAAGAAACAACCGCGGUGCCCGCGGUGGUCAGGGCAGAUAACUAGUUAAAUUAUUAUUUUUAUGUUUGUUUUCAUUUUCAUUAUCAUUGUUUCAAUCAUAAAAAAAUUAAUAAGUACCUAAAUACAAAAAAGAUGUGUGUAUUGCACUAUCGGUAAAUAGAAAACGUAAUUUAGUGAACGUAAACUUUAAAUUUAUCGUUAUAAGUAGUAUAUUGAUUGAUUAGUAUUAUUUUGCCUAAGCCAAGAUGGCAUAGGUGCUAAAGUAUAAGUAAAGUGAUGGGCUUUCCUUGCAAUAAAUAAAAGCACUCAUACAAACUACGCAAUGUUCGCGCAUUCGGGUCGGCAUAUGUCUGGGUUCCGGUGUGGAGCCGGCAUAAGACAUUUGUUGUAUUAAUUAAAUAUAUAAUCAUUGAUAAAUAAUCUUAAAUUCGCUGAUCAUGUUUUUAAUCAGAUAAGUAGCACUGAAGAUGCUCUGUAUUCUUAGUAUUAUUUUAUUUGUAGCUGGCAAAAUCGCGCAAAAAAAUUUGGUUCUGUUUGUACAAUUUUGGCACUUCUUCGUAUUAUAAGAGAGAAGUUAUUUGAUGCACCAAUCAAUAACUAGGCAGAAAAGCCGCGUUGGUCGUAGUUCUAGCAAAUAUAAUUAUAAGUCUUGAAUAACGAUUAGAUAUGUAUUUGUAUACUUUUAUAGGAACGAAAUACAGGUACAGUCAACAGCACAUCAAGCUACCCAAACUCAUCGCAAUUUCGUCGCUAUUACUGACGUAUAGAGAUUCCUGCAUUGUCACUUGACGUGCGGUUGACUGCACAAACCGGCAGUGUUCCUGCCUAAAUAAUGUGUAGCCAGGUCUUUGGGUUUACCGCUGGCAAGAAGAGUACGUACAAGAGAACAACCAACACCGUAAAUUACAGGUGGAACUUCUCUAUUGUGAAAAUUUAGUAAUGGUGCAUGUCACACAAACACUAUUAUGAAAAUUUGGUACAGGAUACGGAGGUAAGGUUAGCAAUGCGUAGACGCGUCGUCCGCUGCCAUUGCGCAUUCGGUCUGCACCGAUAUUUAAAAUGAUUGAAAGGAAAAGUUCACCCAUAAUACUACGGUGUGAAUGUAUACCUAAAUAAAGUUUAAUUCAAAGAGAUAUGGAAUGGGUAAUUUUGUGUGAUGAUUGAUUUCAUAUAACUUAUACCCGUAUUUUCCUGUCCUUGAAAUAUACUUGUAUUAUGUAUUAGUAUGGUUGAUAAAGCCUUAAGUCCUAUUCCCAGCAGUAAGAAACGAAGGCUGUCAUCGAUGAUGAUGAUUGAUAGGCUGGUCGAAUUAAGUCAUUUAGUAUUAGAUGUUUUUUUAAAUUCCAUAUUACCUAUAAUUUUUAAUUUCAAUUUUAUUAAUGUAUCAUGUAUGAAAUCGAAAAUUUUAAUAAAGCUUUUAAUCACAA